UAAAUAAACAAAACCUGUCCUUAUCAGUGCGAGCGAGCGUGCUUUUACAUAUCAGCAAUGAGCGUUAAAUGCCAUCGGAGUUGAAAUGAUUUUAUUGUAGAUUAAACAUUUCAUUUGCUGUGUAAUGGUUUAUUCCUACAGAAAUGUGUAGUUCUACAUGAUAGCUAAUGCCAUUGUAAAUCAGAACAGUUCAUUAAUUAUAUUUUUAAAUAAUGGUAUUUUAGCUCUGUUGCUCGUUAAAAAUUGUCUUUUUGAAGGAUUUGUGUACCAUGUCUUAAUAUUUUAUCCAUAUUAUGGCUGAAGUUCUUGUGAGUUACUUCAUUAAUUGCAAAACUUCUAUAUCAUUAUCAACUUAAUAUUUGAUUAUGGCAAACCAAUAUGCGAAAGUAAAGUAUUCCAUUUACAACAGUCGCAGUAUUCAAGCAGAAAGUGAUGAUGAGCAUAGUGAAAAAAGUUUAAAUACAAAAUUUGUUUCACGAUCUGCUAGAUAUGGUGGAGAUGUAAAAGUGCCUUUAGCCUCUGUACCAAAGUUAAAAAGUUUUGAUGAGAGUGGAGCUCCCAUUAAACCUUUCGUAAAAUUGCAUCAAGAAGCACGAGAUGGCAAUUUUGAAAAUUUGAAACUCUUUUUGGAUAAUCUGAGUCCAGAAGCAUGUAGGUCAAAAGUAAAUGAGUUAGAUGACAAUAAGCGUGCUCCUCUGCACUACGCUGCUCGUUAUAAUCAUGUCACUGUGACCGAACUUCUUUUGCAAAAGGGUGCAGAUGUAAACAUAAUCGGAGAAGAUGGGUUAACGCCUCUUCAUUUUGCUGCUCGUUAUGGAUACAGUAAAGGAUCAAAAUGCUUGAACAUUGAAAGUCCAACCAAUUCUUGCAAAACUGUCAUUUGUAUGUUAAUUGAAGAAGGAGCCUCCGUUAAUGUUCAAGAUAAUUAUGGCAUGAGUCCGCUGCAUUAUGCUGCAAUGAGAGGCAAUAUAAUUGCAACUAGUCAGUUGUUACAGUGUAAUAAAAUAAAUACUGAGGUUUCUGACAAACAAGAAAUGACACCAUUACAUUGUGCUGCAAAUUACAAUAGUCCUGAAGUAGUGGAACUGUUACUGAAUGCCAGUGCUGAUCCAGAAGCUAAUGAUGAAAAUUUAUCAACUCCUUUGCACUUGGCUGCUAAUACUGGUAACAAGGAAAUAGUUCUCCUCCUACUUGAAGCAGUUGAAAAGCAUAAUGAGAGGAAGCUUAAGGAGUAUAUUGAAGAAAAAAAUAUUAGUGGUAAUACUGCCCUUCACCUUGCUGUAACUAAAGGACAUUUAGAAGUUGUCAAAUUGCUUCUCAGCAAAGCUGCUAAUGUGAAAGUUACCGUGGAUGAUGAUUCACAGCCUCUGCAUUUAGCUGCAGUUUCCAGUAAUGUGCAAAUUGUAAAAUGCUUGAUUGAACAUGGAGCUGAAGUAAAUUGCCUAAACAGUUAUGGAGAAACUCCUCUGCAUAAAGCAGCUGCAUUUAAUGCUGGGGAUGUAAUUGACUUUCUUCUUUCGAAUGGAGCUGACAUUGAGAAGAGAGAUAAUGCUCAUUUUACUCCUCUUUUGAUUGCUGUGGCUGAAGGGCAUGUAGAAGCUAUAAUAACCCUAUUAAAAGCAAAUGCUAAUGUCGAAGUUGUGGACAAUAUGGAUCGUACUGUUGUUUUUUGGGCUGCUCAGGAAAACCAUCCUGAAGCUCUGAUGGUUUUGUUAGAGAAGGGCAGUGUGAAUGCCCUUAUAAACAGGUGUGAUCAUUACGAUAAUAGUCCUCUUCAUAUAGCUGCUAUAAAAGGUUUUACUCAUAUUGCUGAGAUCCUUUUAAAUAAUUGUGCAGAAAUUGAAAAGAAAAAUGAACAUGAACAAACACCUUUGCACUUAUCUGCAAAAAAUGGGCAUGUAAGUGUUGCUCAACUUCUAAUAAGUCAUUCUAAAACAAUUGUGAAUGCUGAAGAUGAAAAUGCAAAUACUCCAUUACACCUUUCCUCACUGAGUGGGCAUUAUCAAGUUGUACAUGUUUUGUUGAAUGCUGGGGCUAAUAUUCAUGCCAGGAACUGUUACUUGUGGACAGCCUUAGAUUGUGCAGCAGUGCGUGGCUGGAAGCGUUGUAGCCAGAUUCUUCUUAAUGCUGGAUGUCCUGUUGAUCCUCUUGAUAAAACAAAAACUACACCUCUGCAUUUGGCUGCUCGUGAAGGUCAUAGAGGUGUUGUAAAGCUGCUUCUAAAACAUGGAGCAAAUAUUGCCCAAUGUGACAAGAAUGGAAAAAAUUGCUUAGAUUUGGCAGUUGAUAAAGGACAUGAAGAAGUUGCUAUGGCAAUUCUGUCAGAUGAAAGAUGGGAGACUGUUUUGCGCAAUGAAUCAGAUAAGAAUAAAUUCUGUGUGCAUGAGACACCAUUACGUAGAUUGAUCCGUCAAAUGCCAGAUGUGGCAGAAUAUGUUUUUGACCGAUGCAUCACGCACAAUGAAUAUCCCGAAGAUGAUCGUAGAUUUGCAGUCCAUUUCAAUUAUGAGUUUUUAGAUGAUACAUUUGCAUGUUACAAACCUCAUCUGUAUGAAGAUAUAGACCGAAAUGACAGUUCAUCCAGUUCAGGAACAAGUAUAUAUACUGGUUCUAACAUAUACAGUGAAGGUGGACAUGUAAGAAAGAAAGUGAUGCCUUAUACUAGUGAUAAAGAAGUGCUGAAAGAUAAUCAUCCUUUGAUGUUGAUGGUAACAUGUAGGAAAGAGCAUUUGUUGAGUCAUCAGUUAUGUGAAAGUUUGCUUAUGCACAAGUGGAAAAAUUAUGGUCGUUAUGUGUACUAUAGCAAUCUUCUUAUCUUUGUGUUAUUUUUGAUUGCUCUAACUGGUUAUGUAGUAUCAUCUACCCCACCUUGUCCUCUAGAUGCAAGUGAAGAAAAUGACCCAAAAUGCUGUAUCAUAAGCAACUACACUUGCCAGCCUUUUAUAGGAAACUGUGAUGCAGAUUUAGAGCAAGUAUUUCCCAAACUGUGCAAAAGCUGCAUAUUUAUAUUUGCAGUAAUACAUUUACUGAAAGAGAUAUACCAGAUACAGCAGAAUGGGAGAAAAUACUUAAAUCUUGAAAAUAUUAUGGAAUGGACUUGUUACUUGAGUGCUUUACUUUUCAUUGCUGAUUUAAACAAGUGCUCUUCAGAAACUGGUAUUCGUCAAGUAUGGCAGUGGGAAUUAGGAUCCUUUUCAAUUUUCCUAGCUUGGAUGGUUUUACUGAUGUUUAUCAGCAAAUUUCCAUUUCUUGGAAUAUAUGUGAUUAUGUUCAUUCAAAUUCUAAGUACAUUUGUGAACUUUUCUUUGGUGUUCUUCUUGUUCGUUGUGGCAUUUGCAUUAGCAUUCUAUUCUAUAUUGCAGAAUCAGGAUCCUUUCGAAACUCCUGGUGAAUCCAUAAUAAAAACUGGUGUUAUGAUGAUUGGAGAAAUUGAAUUUGAUGCAAUAUUCAAUGAUCCUGAAAAUAAAGUUUACUUUAAGGGCCCAGCUUAUGUCUUAUUUGUAUUCUUUCUUCUCUUAAUGGCUGUCAUUAUUAUGAACCUUCUUAUUGGUUUAGCUGUUGAUGACAUAAAAGGAGUCCAAGAAAAAGCUGAACUAAAACGCUUAGCAAUGAAGGUGGAAUUAGUUUUAACUGUUGAGAGGAUUCUUCCUACAGUAGUUCUAAGGAAGUGCAUAUGCAGAAGCAAAACUAUUUAUCCUAAUUUAUGGCAAAAUUAUCCCUGGUACUGGAAAUUUUUUAGGAUACAUCAUACCUUUUCUACUAAACUGUCAAAGUCUCCUCUGGAAGAGCUAGAACAGAAGCAGGCUAAGUUAAGUAAACAAAUGAAAGAGAUACAAGAAUCAAUUCUGCUUUUGCAAAAAGAUGUAAAGAAUGUGAUGACUAUCGUUCAAGAAACACAAAGAUGAUACGAUGAACCUCAUUCAAACUAAAAAGUGUGAAGUGACUCUAUUAUGUAUAAUUUUAAACUAGAUUUCAUAAUUUGAUAUAUUUAUUUAUAAAUGCAUAAAUAUAGCCAUUUUAUACAGGUGUGUAAAUGUUAAGCAAAUAGCUAAAAUUCAUUCAUUUUUCUAAUCAAACUAAUUGAUCUAUGGAUUAUAACUGAUUAUCUAACUACGUGUAUCAUUUUUGUAAAUAAUAUUCGAACUUAAAAAACACUUUUUGCCAUGAGUUGUAUUAAGUAAGAUGAUUUUGAAGGCUGGUAUCAUCAUUAGAACUAAUAUGUGAACUUGUGUAGAACACUUUUUUUUUUUUUAUCAUGAAUUGAUAUAUUAAAUGAGAUGAUUUUCAAGAACUGUUGAUCUGGUCUAGAAAAACAGAUCUGUUUUUACUUGGAUUGUUUUAGAAGAAAAUACAAUGGUACUUCAUCAUUAAUCCAUUCCAGAUCCUUGGAUAUAUACCAAACGAAAUUUUCUAUUAAGAAACAAAGGGAAAUAUUUAAUAUAUUUUUAUGAAAAGAAACAUUGUUAUUAUUAUAAUGGUGAUUAAUACUGAAACACAAAUGCAGUACUUGAAAUCUAUACUAUAUAUAUAAAUGAAACACUUCACAUGAUACUGUAUGUAAACAUUUUUCUGCCAUACCGAUCAAUAAAUAAAUCAGUUUGUGUCUAACAUUUCUGAUUAUAGUUUAGUAAUUGAUUUCACCCCCUUUGCAAUGCUAUAUCAUCUUUGUUUACUACAUUGUACAUUACACUGUAUGUGCUGGAUAUGCAUGCCAUCUUCAUACUUUUUCAGCUAUCCCUUAUUUCACCUCCAUAGUGAUCCUAACAGUUUUUUUUUUUGGGGGGGGGUUUGUUUUUUUUGGUGUGUGUGUGUUGCUUGACUUUUCUCAUGAGCUUUCUUAAAACUCUUUGCUAAUGAAUUCACAAAAAAACUUGCAUGAAAAAAUAUGAGAUCACUAAAAGAUAGUUUACUGAAUAGUAGCAUCAACCAUACUAACCGUCAUAGACACUCGUACCAUUGUCUCCAAAGAGGUAAACAAGUGUUGUACAUGCCAUUGUGGCCCAUAAGACUUGAGCUGUAUACCAAAUAAAAAUUUUUGUGUCCAAACAGAAUGUAUUUCAAAGAAAUAUAUAAUGAGGUAUUAUUGUAUUAUUAAUAAUUUGAAUGGUAAAUAUUUUAAAGUUGUAUUACAUUUAUUAUAAUCCAAAGAUUGAAACUGGAAAAAUAAACUGUAAAUAUUUAAUACAACAAAAACAGAAUAUCAGAAAUCAUACAAAUAUUGUGAUGUGGAUUUACUUAGAUGAAAAUUAUAUGUGCUUUACAAAUUAUAUACUUCUGAAACUUCUUCUCUUUUAAGGUUCUGCAGAUAUGAAAUUAAUUAGCAAUGAUGCAAAAAGCAGAAUGACAAUCAUUUUUCAUGAAUUUUCUGAUUAUGUACUUAAAUAUACUGUAACAUUGUUUUAAUGUGAUAUGCAAAAAUAAAAGUCAAUUAUUAUAACUGAAAGAAAUCUUACAGUUGGAUAUAAUUGUUUUAGCAUUUUUUCCAUAUUGAUGGCCUUUCUUAAUUUAUUUUUGAUAAAACAAAUCUCAUCUUUCUCAGGACUAAUGCUUAAUGUGAAAUACUUUCUAACAUAAAUUAUGGAAUUAUGCCAGGUGGAGUUAUUUUUAAUAUGUAGCAUCUGAUCUACCACUUUUAAUUAGUUAAUUUAGUUUCUUAGCUUGCACCACUAAAAUUGGCUGUUGUUUUAACCAUUUCUUCGAUGUUUUCAAAAGUGAAUGCUACUUUUGGGACAUUCAUGAUGUAUACGGCUGAAUGACUCAAAAAAAUGCUCUUUUAAAGGACACUCAUGCUUUUGUAAUUAGUAAAAUCAGAAGAAAUAUAAUCAUUUAUUAACUUAAUGAAAUCAUUUUCGCUUAUGUAAUCUUAAUAAUUAUACUUAUUUUCAUAUUUUAAAACUGUGUUUUAGUGACACUUUCCAAUAAAUAACAAAAAGCAUUAAAUUGGAUACUACAUCAUAACCAACAAUAUGUCUUUGGCAGUGGAGUUUCCAAAAAAAAAAAAAAAA